GGAAAGAGGCGGAGGGGGUGGCUGCCUGUUUGCUCGCUGGGAACGAGCCGCCCGGACACAUAUUAGCCGAGUCCAGCCGCCGCAGGCCGAGCACCGGCCCCUCGCAGGAAGCCCGCGUGCGGGGACUGAAAGCUCGCCCCGGGGAGCCGCCUCUGCGGGGGGAAGCGAAGCCCAUUGCAGGGAGGGAGGCUCGCUCCUGUCCCGGGGGUUCGUAUUUGCAAAGUUUAUGGCCUGGCUUAAACGUGCCCGAGCUUCCCCGGGCCGGAUGCCCUCCCCCGUGGCCGCGGCUCAGGCUCCAAAGCCAGUGAGCUCAGGGGUGGCCCGGUUCAGCUUUUGCAAUAUCCAAGUUUUAUCCUGAAGUGGGGGCGACUUGGGUCGUGGAUGGUUGAAACAACCGCCGGCCCCCCCCAGCCUUGUUUACUCCCCGGCGUGCUGAGGGUGGGAUUUUGCAAGCCCUGGAAAGGAAGAAAAUCCCAUAGGCUUUGAUGACACCUUUCAAGCUGGAAGGACCAGAUUUUUCCCUGAGGCGUUCUGCAGCCAGUAUAUAAACACCCAGCCCGGCACCACUCCGCUGUAUUGCACAGGUGCCGAAGCCCCAGUCGCUGCCAACUUCAAAUGACAAGGAACAGGGCAGGGAAGCCAGGCGGUGACUCCGCCACCCCAGACCUGCAAAAGGAUCGUGGUGCUGUCAGACAGGAGCCAGCCGCCUUUGCUGGCAUGCUGUGGAAAGGACAGUGUUGGUUUGAUGGUGAGGACAUUCUGCCUGUUUUACUUCCACUGUAGUAUUUUUAAAAAAAACAAAAAACUUCCCUGUCUUUGUUCAUCUUUGGCUCUUGCAUGGAUUCUGAAAGUGGAGUUAAGGAGCUCUGCCUACGUUAGUUUCUUUGCCUUUUUUCUCUCCACAAGGAAAGCGGUGCAUAAAAGAAUCCCAGGCAUUGCAGCUGUAAAAAACAUUCAUUAGCCCCUGUGUUACUUCUCUAUUUCCAUCAACGGCUGAAACAUCUCAGCUUGCAAAAUUUACCCAACAAACCGAGACACCCAAGGAAACACAUGUUGGCGGCAACUGAUCCAGGAAGAGAAGCUGAGGUGUCCUAAUCCCAGGGACUGGCUUUAGGGUGAGAACGAGGUGCAGUGAACCCAGACACUGCAUUGGGAUGGCCCUGUGGCCUGUGAGUGGGAGGGCUUUCUGCAUUCUGCGUGUGCUUUGGAUGCUGAGCUGUGGUGCUGGUACUUCAGGAGCUGAUGCUGGAUCACCACGAUCACGGGAUGUUGGGAGCCGAAUGCCCCCCCUAUUGGAAAUCAGGAGGGAGUCUGAUGGCAUCCAGGGUGCCCAGCACCAGGGCAGGCCUGUAGAUUGCUGGGAAGUGCGGAGCCAGAACAGCUCCGAGUGGUGCCACUUCAUCCAGACCAACCCGGACUGCCAAAUGGACAGUGGCUUCCUCAACUACCUGGAUGGGAUCUUCUGCGUCUUCCCCUCGGCGCUGCUGCCACUGGUGGUGACCUUAUACGCGCUCUGGCUGCUGUAUCUGUUCCUCAUCCUCGGAGUGACAGCUGAGAAGUUCUUUUGCCCCAACUUAUCUGCAAUCUCCACCAAUCUGAGACUGGCCCACAACGUAGCAGGUGUCACCUUCCUGGCCUUUGGGAAUGGCGCACCUGAUGUCUUCAGUGCUGUGGUGGCUUUCUCUGACCCCCGGACUGCUGGGCUGGCUAUCGGCGCUCUCUUUGGCGCGGGCGUGUUUGUGACCACAGUGGUGGCCGGCGGGAUCGCCCUGCUCAAGCCCUUCACGGUGGCCUCCAGGCCAUUCCUCAGGGAUGCUGUCUUCUACAUGGUGGCCGUGUUCCUGACCUUCACAAUGCUGUACUUCCGGAGGAUCACCCUGGCGGGGGCGCUGAGCUACCUCGGGCUGUACCUCUUCUACGUUCUGACAGUUGUGAUCUGCACCUGGAUUCACAGGAGACAGCGUGGGGAAGGGUUGUCCCCUACUGGCUCUAGCCAGCCAGAGCAUAUGUCCUACCCGGAAGAUGAGGAGUCCCCCUCCUCCAGCGUUCACAGUGGGGAGUACGAGGAGGAAUACCGGCCCCUGCUCCCCUCCGAGGAGGGGACACUACAGAUCCUGACCAAGUCCAUGAACCCUCUGGAUCGCAGGAAGUGGAGGAGGAAAUCCUGCUACUGGAGAUUCCUCAAGGUUUUCAAGAUGCCAGUGGAGUUUGUGAUGCUGCUCACGGUGCCUGUGGUGGAUCCCGAUCAGGAGGACCACAACUGGAAGAGACCUCUCAACUGCCUGCACCUGAUCACCAGCCCUUUGGUCUGCAUCCUCACAUUGAAAUCUGGAGCCUAUGGGCUGUAUAAAAUCCAGGGAGUCUUCCCAGUCUGGGGCCUGGGACUCCUGAUUGGUGCUUUCCUGGCUGCUACUGUCUUCUGCACUACAAAGAAUGAGGAACCGCCCAAGUAUCACUGUGUGUUCGCCUUCCUGGGUUUCUUGGCCAGUGCUCUGUGGAUUAACGCAGUCGCCACAGAGGUGGUCAAUGUCCUGCGGACCUUAGGUGUGGUCUUCCAGCUGAGCAACACCGUGCUGGGCCUGACGCUGCUGGCCUGGGGGAACAGCAUUGGCGACACUUUCUCGGACCUCACCAUGGCAAGGCAUGGAUACCCCCGCAUGGCCUUCUCCGCUUGCUUUGGGGGCAUCAUCUUCAACAUGCUGGUGGGAGUGGGACUGGGCUGUGUGCUGCAGAUGACAAGCGGCCAUCUGGUGGUACAGCUGGAGCUGGAUGGUCUUCUGGUCUGGAUUCUGGCUGGAGCACUGGGGCUGAGCCUGGUGUUUUCCUUCAUAUUAGUGCCAGCUCAGUGCUUCCAGCUGGGCCGAGGGUACGGUGUCUGCCUCCUCCUCUACUACGUGGCCUUCCUCACGGUAGCUUUGCUGACAGAGUUCAAGGUGAUCCGGCUCACCACCCUCUGACAGCAUCGCUGUGAGACGCCAUCUUGUCUCUUAGCACAUCUGGCAAGAAUGGUGGGAGCGAGUUGAUGAGCCUGCAGGGCUUGGACCAACCUGCUGAUUUUGAAGGGGCAAGAGGUGAUGGUGCGACGGCCAGAUGCAGGCAAGCAACUGGCUUGAGACUUUACACAUUCGCUGGCUGAGCCAGUUCUAUUCCCAGUGAAUCACUGAAGGACAUGCCACUGGUAGGUGAGGGAGACUGAGCUCCCUUCCUGGUGAGUACACCUCUGGAAACGUGGCCAUUUCUCUACUCUGAAGGCAUUAGGACAAUUGGAACUUCCCACCUGGAGGGCGCGUGCUUUGGAUCCUGUACGCUAAAGUUCCCGUGACCCUGCCGCCCCAGGAAAGGAAACUGGUGUGGCAGGAGUUGAGGUUACAUUGCUGCUUGGUUUAUACAGCCUCUAGCCCAGGGGCUACCCAGCCAAAUGAGAGCUCAAUCCAGGGCUGCCAGGACAUUGUUUCUGGAACUCCACUGCCAGUCUUAACUUCCAAUUGAUUUUUUUAAGGAAAGGGAUUAUUUAGAUUUAGAAUGGGGGGGGGUGUUAAAGAAAGAUGGUUUUCAAAGGAAGGCUUUGCAUUUUAAAUGGGGAUCAGUUUAAAUCCCUGCUGCCUUAAGGAGCAUUUUGCAGCUGCACAGAAAGGGAGGUUAUGGGCAGGUUUUUUAGCCUCCCCCCCAGGACAAGUGAUCAUUGUUCAUGGCACAAUAAAGUGACUUUGAGAAAUGACUGUUUCAGUGCAGCUUUGAAAGACUUCUCAGUGCUCCAGUGGCUUCGAGAUGUACCCUUUUAGCCUCUGGAAACCUAGGUUAGGCUCAGAUGCUUUAUGGAAGGGUUACAAAAUAAAACAUUCAGUGGUCUCUG